AUGUCCAAAGAAGUCAACGAACUGUCUGGAGAAAAAUCGAUCACUACCUUCAAUGACUUGCCGUCAGAAUUGAUACUUGGCAUCUUUGAAUAUCUCUCUGUGAUUGAUCGAUAUCAAUCUUUUUACGAAUAUGAUACUCGUCUUCGUCAGCUCGUUAAACGAUGGACAUCGUACAGUAAAACAGCACUCAAUCUUGACAUAGAACAAUUUUCUACACUUCGUAGUUGGUACAAGCAUUUAUCGUUCAAAGAUGGUGGUAGCGAAUUUAUUCUUUUUCCUAAGAUAUGUCAACAGCAUUCCCAUGUCAAUUACUCAGAUAUUACCGAUACUCCUAGUUUCCAUUGGAUUUUUUUUCAGAAUAGUAAUCGUACAGUGAUUAACGAUGAACGUGUUUGUGAAAUACUUCUUCGCCACUCAUUUCGACUUAAUCCAUUUUUCUAUCACCAGUGUAUUGAUGAUUCGCCACGUUUGAACCAAGAUGGCACACAAUCGCCUCGUCGUUUCUGCGGUGGUCAUAUUAUUACUAUGGAUCGAUUUAGAGAAUAUUUUGAACCAUGGAUCAAAAGCCAUUAUCCUGAGAUAGCUGAUCGUAUAUUAAAAUCUUCUAGGUUCGAACAUAAUAUUGAUGAAAUUCUUGCACCCGUCUUCGAAGCUGAAUGGUUAAAAGCAAAGCAAGUUAUGCAGGAAGCGGCUCAUAAAGUGUGGGAAGACCUGAAAGGUCUCGACAAUAUCAACCCAUUAAGAAAGAGUUCAUGGGCAUAUGUACGUUGGCCAUAA